UAUUCAACUCGCAAUGGCAAUAACUUUGAGGAAAAAACAAAUUAGAAAACAUCCAUUUAGGUACCCAAGAGGGACACGUCACAUAUUCGGGAUGGGUUUGAAGACACAGUACGAUUUGAGGCCAGGAGGAGAAACGAUAUGCGUGGCCUCCACCAUAUCUUAAUCCUCUUAAACAGAGAAGAGAAACCAAUCCGGUAGGAAAUAUUUGUUGCAGCUUUAAGAAUUAUGGCCCAUCAUCAUGUAAUCGGGACAGCGGUAGAGCUUGCAGAUCUGGUUUGGGAUGCAUACGAAUUCCGUUACCGAAAAAAGGAAGAAUCAAACUCAAUUACAGAUCAUAACCAGCGCUGCCUCGAAUUAAAAGAAGCUCUGGAUCAGCAGCACUCUGAGAAUCAGCGCCUGCGAGCCGCUUUGGAAGAAUAUGAAAACAUAAUCGAUGAGAUUCGGGCUCUUUCCGCGCAAGAUUCCUCUGCCGACAUUUCGAAUUCACACCCUUGUCCUUUAGAUCUGUAUGAAAGAUUGAUGAAGACUGUGGAUUCUCCAGAGUUUUUAGAAAAGAUGCAAGUUCUUCAGCAAAAUCUUAAAAAGGAGGAACCUACAGCCACAGAGAUGGAAGGUGACAUUUUGGUGAACUCAAACCUUGAUGAUAAAUGUCGGUGGCUUUGGAUCACGGAAGAUGCUGCACCAACCAAAACAGAAGAAAAGUCCAAACUAGAUGGUGAAAACUAUAUCAUUGUAACUGAGGAGGAUAUAGUGGAGGGCAUUGCUCUGUUCAUGGCUGGGAUUGUUGCAACAAAUCCAGAGUCAAAGAACUUGUCACCAGAGCAGCUGCGUUCAACCAUUUCUAGUACCUUUGCUAAGAUGAAGGAAACAAGUAUAGUCCACAAAUUAUUAGCUGCUAGCAAGGUCACAUAUACUGUUGCAUCAUGGGGUCUUGCCUUGUAUGGUUUAUAUACACAGCGCCACAUUGUAAAAGCAGCAACAAAGGCUGUAGUCAAAACAGGCAGAGUUGUUCUAAGGGCUCUGUGAGAAAUGGUGUGGUAUUCUGAUUCUGUUCAAUACGUCUGCAGAAGUGUUUUUGAAACCUCCUCUGCAGGCCAGUUUACCAUCGAUAAUACAAGUAAACUAAAUCCACCAGGGGGGGACAUUAUUUUUCAGGUCCUCCUUGUAUAUAUGAUAUGUAGAAAUUAUGUGUCAAGUUAAACUCAUGAUAAGAAUUAGAAACCACAUAAUGCGUUAUUGGCUAUUGCGAUGACUUAACCUAGAUUAUGCUACUUAUCAAUAUUCUUAAAUGAAAAAUAAAUUUUUAAUUA